GGAAGAGAAGCGCGAGUCUUUUCCAGCCAUCUUGUGGCAUCUAGCAGCGAAGUGCUCGCUCAAGCCCCGUAGAAUCGGAGGAGAAUCCUGCUGAAAGGGGGCCAUCAUGCCCGGACAUCUGCAAGAAGGUUUCGGCUGUGUCGUAACCAAUCGGUUCGACCAGCUAUUUGAUGAUGAAGAGGAUCCGUUUGAGGUGUUAAAGCAGGCAGAAUUGAAGAAGAAGGACGCGACCGCUCCUGGUGCCGCCAAGACCGCCGCACAGGCUACAAAGCAGCCCAAAAAGGAGUCACAGAAAGAAAGAAGAAACCCGCUUCCCGACAAGAAGGAAGAGACACAAGCUCCCGUUCCUCUCAAGAAAGAGGGGAUGAGGAAAAUGGGCCGCCGGCCGGAGCAGCAGGGUCAGCCGGGACCCCAGCAGCAGGGAGGUCAGGGGGAGGGUCGCCCACCAGCCGACAGGCGGCCUGACAGGAGACCACCACGUGAACGACGCUUUGACAAACCCGCUGACGAAAAACCUGCUGAGGGUGGAGAAUUCUCAGUGGAGAAGUCUGUCAGUGACAGGCCGUUCCGGGGUCGUGGAGGUCCCAGAGGAGGGCGCGGAGGCCGGGGCAGAGGUGUUGGCAGGACUGACGGCUUUGACUCGCGCGGCAAACGCGAAUUUGACAGACACAGCGGCAGCGACCGAUCCAGCCUGAAAGCAGAGGAAAAACGUGGAGGGAGUGGAUCUCAUAACUGGGGCACUGUUAAGGACGAGUUGAGCGAGCUUGACCAGUCAAAUGUCACCGAGGACACCCCUGAAGGAGAGGAGCACCCACCUGCUGACUCGGAGAACAAGGAGAAUGAGGCUGAGGAGGUCAAAGAAGAAGGUCCCAAGGAAAUGACUCUGGAUGAAUGGAAAGCCCAGCAGAAUAAGGAAAGAGCCAAAGUGGAAUUCAACAUUCGUAAGGCCAACGAAGGAGCUGAUUGGAAGAAAGGAUACGUUCUGCACAAGUCCAAGGCUGAGGAUGCCUCUGGCGACGAUGCCGCUGGGGAUCACCACUUCCGCAAGCCAGCUAAUGACAUUACGUCCCAGCUGGAGAUUAACUUUGGGGACCUGGGCCGCCCAGGACGUGGUCGUGGAGGUCCACGAGGUGGCAGAGGAGGCCGUGGAGCUACUGCUACCAGGCCACCUCGUGAGCGCAGGCCAGACAAGGCCGGUGGAGUGUCUGUCCCUAACGUGGACGACCCAGAGGCUUUCCCAGCCCUGGCUUAAGCUGCCCAGACGGCACGCUCUGCUCACCCAGGAGGAUCACUCCUCCACGGGUCCUUGUCUACGAGGCUUGCAUGCUAACGGAUCCUUCAGCAGAUGAAAUGAUGGAAGACUGUCAUCCAUGCCAUUCACCCCUGAGGACUGAUUUUACCUGUUUUAGAAAAAAAAAGAUGGAAAAUUAUUAAAAAAAAAAAAAAAAAAAAAAAAAAAAAAAA